UUUUUUUUUUUUUCCUUUUUGAAUGGGAUCUUUAUUUUCAAAUAAUUUUACAGAAGAAGAAAUGGCUCAAGUACAACAAAUUGUUGAAGAAAUCAUCAAGAAUAAUAAGAUUGCUGUCUUUUCCAAGUCCUAUUGUCCUUAUUGUAAGAGAGCAAAGGAAGCUUUAAGGGAACUUGGUGAAGAGUUCUUCGUUAUUGAAUUAGACCAAGAUGCUAAUGGCGCUGCUAUUCAACAAUAUCUUCUUGAUAAAACAGGUCAACGUACUGUCCCCAAUAUCUUCAUUAAUCAACAACAUAUUGGUGGUUGUGAUAGUUUAUUGGCUGCUAAGAAUAAUGGCAGUCUUCAAAAACUUCUUGCUUAAAAAAAUAAAAAUAAAAAUAAAUAUUCAUUUGUAAAAAAAAAAAAAAAAAAAAAAA